GCGGGCGUGCGGGCGUGGUGGGCGUACAAGGAGUCCUGGGAGGGUCGUGGAGACAUACCUGACUACCUGCCUUACCUGUCUGACCCUCCUCCACCUUCUCCACCUCCUCCUGCUGCUCCGGGCGGACCGUGUCCCUCCCCAGGCAGGCGCGGCAGGGGGCGGAGAGGGCAUCAGGGCGUGCUGGGAGGCGUGUCAGGUGGGCGAGGCGUGGGUGGCGUGGGCGCGGCGAGGCGUGUGGGAGCAUUGCCCUCCUGUCUCCCUCCUGCCGCUGCUGGGGGCGCCUUACCUGGUCCACCUGGCGCCCCUGGCCGAGGGUGUACGUGCAGGGGCCUGACAGCACCUCACCCUUACUCACUCACCUGUGUCACCUCACCUGUCCGCAUUCCACAUUAGCAGACCCAUUGGCGCACCUCACCUGUCGUGGUUAGUUGGCCCACAGCUGCCCCCCGCCAGGUGUUGUCAUGCGUGGUGGUGGUGGUGGUGGUUGCAACACUCGCCUCUGUCUGGUGUCAUGAUACCCUGCCUGGCUGUUAUGUGCUCAGGUAUCACCACCUCACCACCUUGAUACAGACACAAGUUAUUUCAUUGUAGUUUGGUGUUGUGGUGGUGGUGUUCUGGUGUUGUGUUAAUGUACUGAAGGUUUGUUCUCUUUAUUGAUCACACACACUUGUCACGCUAACUUUGAGGUGAGCUAGAAUACUUUAUUAAGUUUUGUUAUUAUUUCAUCCAUAAAUCUUUAAAUAUGUGGAUAUUUUGUUCUUAUGUUUCAGUUUCAAGUAUUUUCUUGUUACUAGACAUUAUGAAACCUUAACGAAUUUGACCAGGCUAGAGAAUAGACAAUAAAACACAUCAAAAUUAUAAAGUUAAUGUGAUUGAGUAGCUAUCAAGCAUCAAGCAAUUGGUCAUUCAAGUCAUAUGUGUGGCAGAUGAGGUAAAAUGACAGGUGAGGUGAGGUGAAGUGAGGGAAAGGCAGGUUUGGCAAAGGCUGUCAUGUAGGAUGGCUGGAACAAGUCACAACAGGCCUGAGUGAUUGGUGGUGGUGGACAGAAAUCCAGUGUACCUUUAAAACCUACCUCGUGACUCAUGGAUGAGUCAUUUUGUACUAUAAUGUAACACAAUAGUAAAAGUGCCGACCUCAGAAACUCACUAGUAAAGAGUAUUGAAGCAGUGGGUAUAGCGGUGUAGGUGGCAGUGAAAUGCUUGGCCAGGUGGGGUUGUUCUUUGGUCUGCAGUGCCAUGCAUCCACCUAUGCCGAGGUGAAGGUGUGAAGUGCAUACCAGCAGCUGUGUGGAAGGAAAGAACAGCUGCCUUAGUGUGUUGUCUCCCACAGCGGUGAGCAGGAGGCUGAGGGUCAUCGCAGUGUGUGAGUGUGUAUGCGGUGUGCUUAUGUAUGUGCGGGAAAUGUUAAGGACAUGAACGGAGGAGAGCGAAGGCAGCCGCUCCCCAUGGAGGCAGCGGGCGGCGGCGGCGGUGGUAGUACCGGUGGUGGUGCUGAGGCUGGUGGGGGAGGCAGCAGCAGCAGUGGUAGUAGUGGGAACAGCACCACCUCCCUCCAGAAGGAUAUCCUGACGGCAGAGCUGCUGCUGAAGAAGGGAAAGCGCUAUGCUGCCUCCUACGUGAAGGACGAGUUCCUCAGGAAUCUCUCCCCCGGUGACCCUGAGGCGCCACAUGCACAGGGCCGCGGGGAGUUGCUGGACCUGCUGCUGACGAUGCUGCUGAACCCCGCCAUGCCCCUGAAGGACUGGGACACCGUGGAGUGGCUCAAGUGGCUCAUGGCGGGGGGAAAGACACCUGACGAAUUCUUUAGCACAGUUCACCGCUAUGACAACGCCACCACCUGCGGCCUGGUAUGGACUGCUCAUUUCGUGGCGUACCGGUGUCGCACGUGUGGGAUCUCGCCCUGCAUGAGUCUGUGUGCCCAGUGCUUCCAGGAGGGUAACCACGAGGGACACGACUUCAACAUGUUCAGGUCUCAGGCAGGAGGAGCAUGUGACUGCGGCAACUCAGCGGUCAUGAAAGAAUCUGGGUUCUGCCAUCGCCACGGCUCCCAGGCUCAGCUCAACAAGCCUGAGGUGCCGCCCGACCUGCUGGCCAUCGCUGACGCCCUCAUGCCACGGAUAUUCCUGCGCUUCAUCCAGCACUGCCGUGAGCACAGUUCCGAGUCGCUGAAGCAGGUGCAGGAGGCCAUGGAGGAGUCCUCCCUCUUCCUUGACCUUCUGCAGGAGCUCAGCCGACUCGGAGCAGCCAUGAGGAAAACCAUGACCAAGUCUCUGUGUAACCCCAAGGUUUACCAGGAGCUGACGCAGGGUUCCUCCAGGCACCAGGACACAGAAUAUCUCACACAGAGCAAGAAAUUGUAUGAAGAAGCUCUCAACAGUAUUCCCUUUGGAGAGGUACCCCCUGGAUACGAAGAUGUUGCCACCUUGAAUGGGCCUCUCGUUCACAAGACAUUUUUAGACGAAAUAGUGUUUUGGACAGUAAAAUUUGAGUUCCCACAGAAGUUAGUAUGUUUGCUCCUCAACAUGCUGCCUGACACAGAAUAUGAGGAUGCCUUUGCCCGGGCCUUCGUGCAGCACUACAGCCGCAUCUCUGUCAUGCUGGUGAAGAGCGAGGACUCAGAGAUUCUCAGCAACCGUGUAGUGCAUGUGUCAGUGCAGCUCUUCUCUGACCAGGACUUGGCGUACCGCAUGACUGAUUCCUUCCACCUCCUCCAUGUCAUGAUUGUCAGCCUCAAGAAUAUGAUGAAGUCAAUAUGUGUGCCAUCCACUCUACAUGACAAGAUGCAAAAUAAGCACCACGUUGUCAACUGUGCGGAUGAUGUCAUGAAGAACCACUGCUACUGGCCGCUGGUGUCGGACCUCAACAACGUGCUGUCCCACCGAGCCAUCGCUGUCAAGUUCAUGAGUGACCAUCGACUCAUCCAGGAAUGGUUCUCAUUUCUCUCCAUGUUCCAAGGAAUGAAUGUCAACGUUAGGGAGUUGACUCAUCACGUGGAGUUUGAGCCUCAGACAUACUAUGCUGCAUUCAGUGCUGAGCUGGAGGCCUCGGCAUCACCCAUGUGGGCGCUGGUCUCCCAUCUGCGCGACUCGGACACCUGGGACUACACCUUCUCCGUGCUGCGGGAGUGCCUGCGAGCCCUCAGCACCUGGUUCAGUGAUGUGGGCUUCUCUCACAAUGACCUGGGGAAUCCAUACCAGGUGUCCUUCCACUUGCCACUCCACCGCUACUACUCAGUGUUCAUGUGUCAGGCAGUGAAGGCACAAGGGGCAGUGCUGAGUGAGGUGCUGCCCUCACAGGACCUGCUGCACCUCAUCAUGGUUCACCCACUCAGGCUGCAGGCUGCCUUCUAUGAGAUCCUAAGUGGCAUGUGGGUGAGGAACGGCCUGCAGAUCAAGGGGCAGGCCAUGACGUACAUUCAGUGCCACUUCUGCAACUCCAUGGUGGACGCUGACCUCUACCUCCUGCAGAUCUGUGCUGGGGAACUUCCUGCCGACAACUUUAUCCUCACUGUAUUAGAUCGGUUUCAUGUGCUGGAGUCGCUGAGUGUUUCCCCGAGGGCAUCCAACAGCUUCCUGGACUGUGAGCAUGAGAUGACCAUCCUGGAAUCCUGCCUCACUUUUCUUGCCACUCUUGUGACUGUCCGUACUAACAUUGGUCUGAGUGAGAGUGAGCUUGCCAAGUUGGAGAUGGUAACGCUGCUGUGCAUGGGAGACAAGACACACUCUCAGCUGAUGGAGUGCAUGCCGGAGAAGUGUGGCAGUGCGGCACAGAGCAGAGACUUUGAGGCAGUGCUUAGCAAGGUGUCCUCAUAUCGUGCCCCAAACUUUGAGGCAUCUGGCACCAUGCAGCAAGGCAUGUACAUCCCACGUGACGAGGUGUGGGAGGACCAUUACGACCCCAUCUAUGUCCUCCUGAGGGCCGUGCAGAGGAGGGACUUCCAAGCCUCUCUGGACAGGUUUAAAUUAUAUUGUAAACAAUCGGGCAACAUUAGCAGCUCAGGAGAUUUGUGGCCUCCGUUUCGCCUACCCAGCCCAGUCUCAAGCCCGUACACUGAUCCCCAGAGGAUAAUUGCGUGCCGAAGUUUUCAUGCUGUGCUCUUCAUGCUCCUGUACAAGUCUUUGAAUGAGGCGUCCACCACAGACCACCUUUUGGCCCUCACUGUGUACCUGCUGGAGCUAACUACAGAGUACCAGGCCCAACAUCGUUCACAAGGAGGUGAGGUGAUGGCAGCUCAGUACUAUGACAGCAUGAUUGAGACGGACGAGGACAAGCCUGACGGACAGUUCUGCAAGUGGUUCACAACAGAUGACGUGUUUGCCAACGUGAACUGUGUUGUGUCCCGAGUCCACCUCAACCCAACACCUUCCAUCAGUUCCUGCUCAGAUGGUGAACUGGACGGGUCAGACCUGGAGAUGGAUGAGCUUGAGGGUGGGGAACCCCGGCUUGCCCUGAGGGGAGCGCCGCGCCCCCGGCCAUUGGCUGCUGGAUCGGAGCUAGUCAUUUAUCGUCAAGGUGCCACCGCUGUAGUGCCAUCAGGGGUUACCCUGCCCACCACACCCGACACACCAACACAGGACCACACCUCACCCCUGGCCCUGCCCCCAACCUCCUCUGCAACUAACAUGCUGGUGCCAGCCCAGUGUGGUAAUCCAGAUGGGUCAGCAGCCCAAGCGUCCCUGCUUGGACCCACGCAGUACCCCAGUCUGCUGGCGGGCAAUGAGGUGGGCCGGAUAGGCAAUGAGGGCAGUGGGAGGGCUGGUGGUGGCAGAGGAGCCCCCACCUGCAGUAGCCGGGGUCACCACGGCCGCUGCUUCAUGCUGCAGCACCACUUCCACCAGCGGUUACGCCGCCAUCCUGGCCUCCCCAAGGCUCUGCUGCCCCCAGCUGAUGGCUCUCCCCCGUCCCUCCAGGGCUCCCCUCCAGUGCCAGAUAUCUCACAUUUCUCAUCAUAUCCUCAGAUAGACUCUGGUGAUGAGUAUGUGUCUGUGGAGGAGUCCAUCAUCUCUUUGCUCAUCAAGCUACACUCCAAGUUGUCCGGGAAGCCCAACUCUUACCGUCCAAACUUUUCCGAUACCUCUGACUCCCGAAUAGGCGACGGGCCAUUCUUCAUCGCCAAGCUCCUGAACAAGCUGGGCCGAUACGAUGCCUCUGCCAGGAAAGGCAUCCUGGACACCAUUUCAUGUCUUUACAGCCAGAAGGAGGAGGAGUCCUCUGCCUCUUCAGAGGAGGAAGCCCGAGCGAGGGAAGAGAAGAGGAAGAGGGCUAGGGAACGCCAAAAGAGGGUCAUGGCAGAGUUUGCAAGCCGUCAGCGACAGUUUAUGGAGCAGAACAGAGCAGAUGCAGCAGAGUUUGAUGCAGGAGGAGCCGACACAAUGGAGGUGGAAGAGGAGCAAGUAGAACGGCACAAGGAAUACGACUGUGUGAUCUGCAACCAGUCCAUUCCCUCAACCCCAGAGAGACCAGUGGGGCUGGUGGUCUUGCUGCAGGCCACCAGUGUGCUGGGUCACAGAACCUCAUCCCAGAAGCCUUUAAGUGUUCCUACCACGGACGCAGAGCGGGGGCGGCUCAGGCAGCGGCGGUACACCCUCGGCCAGUACAUGGAGGAGCGCGCUGACACCCUCAACAGACACUUUGACUAUAACUCUUGGUUGGUGUCGAUGAACAUUGGGUGGGAGGGAGGAGUGCAUGUACAGACCUGUGGCCAUCACCUCCACCUGGACUGCCACCAGUCUUACCUUCUCUCUUUGCGCUCCCAAGACCGCCCAAAUAAUCCCCUCAAUGUGGAGAAGGGCGAGUAUUGGUGUCCUCUGUGCCGACAACUUGGAAACUCGGUGCUGCCCAUUUCCCCGGAGAUAGGUGACCUAUCAGCUCUAGUGAAGCAUCCCGCCACCUGUGAUACUAGUUUAAUAGAGGAAGUUGACCGGCUACUACACGACUUGACUGUUCCGACGUUCAGCAGUUCCCUGAAGACUGCAAUGGCCCGCAUGAUGGAGGACAUGACGAUGGCCACCUACCCCAAGUACCGCAGCGUGUCCUCUAACCCGUCCACGCCGUCGCUGGUGAUGUUCGUGUCAUCCAUCCUGCGCACCAACCUGGAGGUGGAGCUGGUGCAGUGUGGUGGUACCCUCGUCUCCAAUGGCCACGACCCCAAGAUGGAUGUGAAGCGCUCCUGCCUCAUGCCACUCCUCCAUGUACUUGGCUGCCACUCCAAGAUCCUGAGUGGUGGAGGAGAUGCCUCGCUGGUGGGUGUUGGGGGCAGCAUACACUGGAUCCGCCAAACGUGGGCAUCCAUCACCCAGCAGUCGGUGGUGGGCAGUGAGGGCGCUGUCACCCUGAGAGAGCGAGAAGUACCACUGCUGCUGAGAGAUCCUGUUACUUUGCUUCUGCACCUCAUCCUUCUCUUGCCCUCAAGGAUUGAUCAAGCCUACCUGAAAUGUGUGGUUGGGAAUGUGUACCGUGUCGUUGUUGUGGGAGCUGCCGCAUCAGCACUGCUCUCUCUCACCGAGAGUCAGCGAGAACAGGCCACUACUAGUGGCCCUCUGGCACCCCUGCUGGCCCUAGCCCACAAUACCCUGCGCAACAGCCCCUUCUUUUCGGAUGAUCAUGUGCCACAGAGUGAACACCAACAAAAUACCUGGACAUUGAAUGAUGUCACCUGUCAGGUUAGAGAGAACUGUCUCAAUUUCUUGAGGAUAGCAGCCCUACUCAAAGCCCAUCUCAUGGAAGAGAACUCACCAGUGAUAGCAGACCCCAUUGCUGAGUGUGGAGCGCUGGAGCAGUAUCUGGGUGUGUGGGACACCUGCUCUGUGGUCAACUCUGCCAUCAUGGGCAACAUGUGUGGCACCCACCACUCCCGGGAAGUGUCCAGUCCCGUGGAGACCUGGCUCGGAGACUUGGCAGCUGGCGCUCGGGUCUGGUGCAGCGAGGUGGCCAACUUUGCCGCUCAGGCCCAGGUUGCAGCCUCCACUCUCCUCACUACACUCACCUUCACCCAGCCUCGCCUCCUACGUCUCCCACACUCUUAUGACGCCAUCUUUCAGUACUAUCACAGAAGGCAAUGUUCUCAGUGCAACAGUGUACUCAAGGACCCCAGUGUAUGCCUUCUUUGUGGCGCCAUUGUGUGUCUGAAGGAGUCAUGCUGCAAACAGCAGGAUGUGUGUGAGUGUGUACAGCAUGCUAUUGACUGUGGAGCUGGCACAGCCAUAUUCCUGGUAGUGAAUGCUUCCACAGUCAUUGUGAUCCGGGGACCCAGAGUCUGCCUCUGGGGCUGCAUCCAUCUCGACUCCUUUGGGGAAGAGGACAGAGAAUUAAAGCGGGGCAAGCCUCUGUACCUGAGCGAGGACCGCUACCGCCUGCUAGAGCAACAGUGGCUCUCGCACUCCUUCAACCACACCAACCGUCGCUGGAUCUGGCACAGAAACAUACUUUGAGGACUCCAAUCAUUGUAAACGCAAAGAAUAGCCUUGUGUUUUUGAGGUGACAUUAAAGUAAAAGUAGUGUAUUUUCUUGUGUAUCUGGGAUUUACAUUAUUUCUAUUUUAGUGGAAUCAGUUUGGUUUAUAGAUUAACUAACUGAUACUCUAUGAAAUACUUGGCCUCUACUCUGUUUUGUUCAUAGUUACAGAUUGUAAAAGCAGUUUUCUCUUCUUCAAUAAGGAAAAGUUUAACGCCCUGUAGGCUUAUGAGCAAAGUUCAUCUGCAGUAUUUUAUUGAUUUCAGCCUUUAGUAAAAUAGAGUGACUGGGUUGAGAUAAACUUUGCAGUUUCAAACAUCAGUAGAACAGUUGGCCAGCAGUCAAGCAUAAUGGUUGAGAGGAGCAGAGGGUUAGCUGGUGUGUCUCUGGCCAUGGGAUUGGAAGCAGCUUAACUUGAGUUGUUGAAACAGAAUUCGGCUGCCAGUGUUUCCUGGAGUAAAAUAUUCUUUGCAUUUACAAUGAUUGCAUUUCUUUAUUAUUAGACCAAUAUCAACAGUAAUAAUCUGAAUGCUGUGCUUUCUUCAGAUUCUGUUGGAUAGUUGACAGGUUGUGUGCUGUCUUAAUUUGUGCCCACCUGCACCUUUGAUUGCAGCCAGUCAUUGUGAUAGUGCUGUCAGCUGUUGCUUGACAGGAGGGAGGGAGAAGUUGCUGUCCCUGCCAGCAGCCUCAGGUUGGCAUCAUCUUAUAGAAGUGUGCAUUCAGGUUUCAUUUUUUUGUUAGAAUACUGUUUGUGAUACUGAUUAACAGCAUUUAUUCAGGUGUAUUCCUUAAAAUACUCCAUCAAAAACAAGAUUUGACAAAAAAAAAAAAAAAUGCAGGUAUGCCUAUUGGGCAUUGACUGAAUUUAGCCAUUUUGGGGCAUUUUUACACAAAGUUGUAUUUAGGCAAUACUACUUAACUUCAGAGUGAUGCUAACAAUGGUUUGAUUCAUGGAUUUUGUUAUAAAAGUUGGUGCUUCUCAGUUAUGCAAGUUUUUUUUUUUUUUUUUUUUUUUUUUAAUUAUUAUUAUUUAUUAUUAUUAUUUUUUUAUUUAUUCUAUUUAUUUAUUUUUUUUAUUUAUUAUUAUUAUUUUUUUUUUUUCUCAUUUCCAAAAUUGGAGUCUGCUGUGAAUGUGUGGGGAGGUUGAGGUUGAGGUGGUGGUGGUGGUGGUGGUGGUGGUGGUGGUGGUGGUGGUGGUGGAGGUAGUGGUGCUGUGCUGGGAAGCUGUGGGUUUUCAACUCAUGAAUGUGACCUGUCUCAGCAGAGCCAAGGAGAUUAACUACUGUAAGUUUAUUACUUCUCAUGAGAGCUCAAGUAAUAUUUAAGUAUACUCUGUAGAAAGCAAAUCUUUCCUAUACAUCCUUUAGACGAUUUCUCUCCUAUACAUGGUUUUUCAGUGUAUACUUUAGCUAAUCCUACGUAUAAUACGUACACUGUUGAUAUAGUAACUGCAUUGUGAUUUGAAAACUUUAAUGGCUUAAAGUUUUGUAGACAAAAGGCUGCUAUCUUUCAGGAGAAAAAAACAUGAAUACAUUUGCAUGACUUUUGAGUACUAUUGUUUUUUCUUGUUGUUGGUUCAUCAUCCAAUGUGCUGAAGCUAAGAGUUGUCCUGCAUACUAGUGGUCAUCCUACUCUCAUAGUAAUACCUGUGCUUAUAUAUUUAUAAAUAGUGGAUAUUUGCCCACUUGUACAUUUGAAAAAGCAAUGGACUGUUAUCUUUGUAUAUUGAUUUUAUGUAUAUUUUUCCUAAGAUCUACUAGUACUGUAUCAUAUUGUGAGUAAGGAAAAUAUUCAACACAAUAUUUAUUAUAGCUAUGUGAUGUUUUAAAAUGUUUUAAAAUUGGUGAGGAAGAAAUUCCAGCCUUCUAUUUUUCACACAUUGAGCUGUAAUUUGUAUCAGUAUCAUGACCUUCAAGAGGAAUGCUUGUUUUGUGCAUCAGUGCAGCAAAUGUUGUAACACUGUACCCUCCACUUGGCCUUGCAAGCAGAUCAAGAAUAUCAUGACAUUUGCUUCAUAGGAAUCUCUUCUGCUGCCAGAUAUUUGUUGUUAGAAGUUCUCUCUUUCUCUAACUCCUCUUCUCUCACUGAAUAUUCACACUUUACAGUAUGUCAAGAUCUGAAUUAAAUGUUCUUUGGUGGAAGCUUAGCAUCAAGCUAUCUUUGUAGAUAGCAUUAGUUGGGAAUCAUGAGAGACUGAUCCUUAGUGAAGCAAACUUAUGAUUCCUUGCAAUCACUUACUGUCUCACACACACACACACACACACACACACACACACACGUAGUGUAGUGGUUAGCAUGCUUGGCUUACAACCAAGAGGGUCCGGUUCUAGUCCUGGGAAGCAGCGAGGCAAAUGGGCAAGCCUCUUAAUGUGUAGGCCCCGUUUCACCUAGCAAUGUGUAGCCCCCCUUUCACCUAGCAGUAAAUAGGUACAGGAUAUAACUCAAAGGGUUGUGGCUUUGCUGUCCCAGUGUUUGGAGUGUGUUGUGAUCUCAGUCCUACCCAAAGAUCAGUCUAUGAGCUCUGAGCUCGCUCUGUCAUGGGGAAGACUGGCUAGGUGACCAGCAGAUGACCAUGGUGAAUCACACACACACACACACACACACACACACACACACACACACACACACACACACACACACACACACAAAAAAAAACUUUUCCUUUGUUGAUCUAUCUUGACAUCAUUGCACAUCCACCUCAUCAUGUUCAGUUCACUCCAAAUUUUUUAUAUUGUUAUCUUGAACAGUGUAUAGCAUGCAUGGAAAGUCUUGAUGCCUUGAGGUCAAUGUCAUUUUUUUCUAUUUUUAAGUGGAGGAGGCUCACAACUACCUACCUGGGAAGGCAAGAUGUUCUGAUGCUUUGUAACACUAAUUGACAACCUUUUAUGCUGUCCCAAGCAUAGAAGUACCAGUCUGUAUCACCUCAGUAGCCAUUCAGCUUUUAUGUAGAGAGGGUGGUCUGUCUGUCUGAUGAGCCAGGCAAAGCGAACUGCACUAUAAUUUAUUUACAUCCUCCGACUCUUUCAACAUGCCCAAAAUGAUUACAAGCAAGGGGAAACAUAAGAAAUUAUUUACAUCACACAAGGCGGUCCACCAUAUCCCAGUUAUUUCCACUCAAACAGGAGUCAGGGAGUCAGACACCACCUUUUGUUUCUCAUUGCUUGUUGUCACUUUGGCCAUGUUGAACUUUGGCCAUGGGUGGGAGGAAGCACAAUUCUAGCACACUUAGUGCACUCACUCACUCAGUGCACACAUGCACACUCUCUCUCUCUCUCUCUCUCUCUCUCUCUCUCUCUCUCUCUCUCUCUCUCUCUCUCUCUCUCUCUCUCUCUCUCUCUCUCUC